GAUAUCAGAGAGAGCAUAAUGUUCAUCAAACACGUGUGUCACUGAAGAACGCUCAAAAAAUUCACAAAUAUGGCAAGCGAAAGAGACAACAACUCUUCUAAAGCAUUCCCAAUGAAGGGUGGACAAGGCCAAGAUAGCUAUGCUCAAAAUUCCAACCAUCAGCGAACAGGAGCGAAUAUUACUAAAGAUAUUAUCAAAGAAGCCAUUCUUGAGAAGCUUGAUCUGGAAACACUUCUGCAGAAUUCAUCUAAUAAUGUUUUUCGUAUAGCAGAUUUGGGUUGUUCAGUUGGACCUAACACAUUCUUCACUGUCCAAAACAUUAUAGACUCGGUGAACCUCAAGCUUCAAUCUGAAGAACAUGGUUUAGAUUCAUCACUUGAAUUUCAAGUAUUCUUCAAUGAUCAUGCUGGUAAUGACUUCAACACGCUUUUGAAGUCUCUUCCUGAGGAUAAGCAAUACUAUGCAGCCGCUGUGCCUGGUUCGUUUCAUGGAAGAUUGUUUCCAGAAUCAAGCAUUCAUGUCUUCAACUCAUCUUAUGCUCUUCAUUGGCUCUCGAAGGUGCCUCAAGAUAUAGUUGACAAGAACUCUCCUGCUUAUAAUAAAGGCAAAAUUUACUUCACGAGUGAAGACAAGAAAGUUAUAGAGGCUUAUUCUGCACAAUUUGAAAGUGACAUUGAAAGCGUCUUGAAUUCAAGAGCUCUAGAGCUUGUUCCUGGAGGUAUCGUCACUUUUCUCAUUCCCAGUAUCCCUCCAAAUUCUAAGAACAGAUUUGAAGCUAAUGCAAAUAUCAUUGGGAAUGUCCUUGUGGAUAUGGUCAAUAAGGGACUCAUUGGGGAAGAGCUGGUAGAUUCGUUCAACAUACCGAUGUACAUGCCAGGAUCAGAAGAAGUGAAAGAAUUGAUAGAGAAGAAUGGGAAGUUCAUAAUUGAGAAGUCAGAAUUAUUGCUUCGGCUCUUCAACGAGCAACUUCCAGAUGUUCGCAGUGCUUGCAUGCACAUGAGAGCCGUGUGGGAAGGUGUCUUCAAGGAACACUUCGGACAAGACCUUGUGGAUGACAUUUUCAAUCGCUAUGAGAAGAAAUUGGCAGAAUCCAUCUUCCUUUUGGACCCAUCAUUCAAGACCUUGGGACAAUUAUUUGUCCUCAAGCGCACUUGAAUUAAUUAAUUAACUGCAGGUUUGGUCCACGAAAACGAUCGAGUUCAUUAGAGUGAUAACAAAUUCGAGACAAUAUGGGAUUUUGUGUGUGCUUGUAGAAUUGUGUCUUGUUCUUUUUAUUCCGAUUUCGUUUUACUUUGUGAAGAUUCUUCAAGUCUUGUUUUAGAAUGGAUUGGGUUUAUGUUUACUUGAAAAGUAAUUAUGUUAACUUAAUUAUGUGUGUAAUGAAUAACUAUGUCACAGUGAA